UAUCCUUUUACCCGUCAAAUUUAAAUCUUGAAAUAAAAUAAUCAAGAAAUAAUGUCACCUAACAAGAUUAGAAUCAGCCAAGUUAGCCUUUCGAAAAUUUUCGAGACAGAAAUCAAUAUUAACAUUAAUUGAUCAUUUUUGGUUCAUUGCUAUGGUAACAUUUGUGUACGUUAUCAUAUCUUAUUGAAAAUGUUCAUGGUAAAUUUUUGAUAGUUUAAUUGGUAAUCAUUUGCAACUUGGUGAUCAACUUAUUUUUGAUUGUUAACCAAUUGGUGAAACAUGAAAAUAAAACAUGAUAGAAGUCUCUUGGCACCUGAUUUGACUAAUAUUUUAUCCCGAGUCGAGCUCAUUUCUUGGUCACCAAAUGGAUCUAAAAUUGCUGUAUGCUUGUCAUCAAGUAACCAGAUCAACUUAUUCGAUGGAUCAACUUUUGAAAGAAAAGAUAAAUUCACUUUAAGAUCAGUCGAGAAAAGCUUUUCCAAAAAAUCAUUUGUCGUUAAAGGACUCAGCUUUUCCCCUGAUUCAACCAAGCUCGCUAUUGGUCAAACUGAUUGUGUUAUUUACGUUUACCGUCUAGGAGAUUCAUGGGAAGACAAGAAAUCAAUUGUUGGACGGUAUUUACUUCAAAGUCCAGUUACAUGUCUACAAUGGCACACUUCAGGAAUUACAUUUGGAAUUGCUGAAGGCAAGGUUAAAUUGAUACCCAACAAUUCAAAUCGAAUGUCCACUUUGAUAUCAACAAACUCUAUGGUCAUUUCUUUAUCAAUAUCUGGAGAUACAAUUGUCGCUGGUUUUCUCAAUGGAUCCAUUUUCACAUCAACAAUUGGUUCUCGUGAAUCUGGUGGCUACCAAAUAGCUAGUCAUUCCUGUCCACCCUUUGGAUUAACACUAACCCAUUCUGGUUAUAUUGUUGCCGCUGGUUGUGAUGGUAAAAUUGCCUUUCAUUUGACAUCUGGUUAUCCUUCACGCAAUGUUACCAAUAAACAAAUCAUCGAGUUUGGCUCUGAACUGACUUGUGCUUCAGCCUUUCCUUCAGGAAACUCAGUUUUACUAACAUCCACUGAUAAAAUGGUUAUGUUUAAUCUUGAAUCUCAUCUUUGGCGUUUAAAUCAAACUAUACAAUUAGCUGGGACUCAUUUGAUUACCGCAGCCUACAUAACCAAAGAUGGAACCAGAAUGUUGAUUGGUUCUGUUACUGGUUCAGUUGAUUUAUUCACAUCUCAAUGGAAGAAGAAGCUUAUUGGUGAUAAAUUUGAAGUAAAUUAUGUUGGAUUGAGUCAAAUUGUGUUUAAAAAUUUAGACAAUGGACUGACAAACGUAUUUAGAUCCGACCAUGAGAUUCGUGAUGUCAGAAUAAUAAGAGAUUCUUAUGCUGUUGUUUGGACUUCAGGCAGCCUAAUAUUGGCUACUUUAGGGACGACAUCCAAAUCAUCUGAAAUUGAAUGGCCUGGACUAACAAACAGUGGGUUUAAAUUUUCUUUUGACUAUGAAAAUGUGGCUCUAAUUUAUGCUGCUGGCGAGUUAUUUAUUGUUGAGCUUGGCGUAAAUCAGCUAUUAGCAUCAGUUAGAACUGAUCAUGUUAAUCCUCAUUUAAUGAGUGUUCGUCUCAAUGAACGAAAGUCAGGAGCCAAAGUGUUAGCCUAUCUUCUUGACUUGAAGACAAUUGCUAUUGUUGACUUGAUCUCAGGCCUACAAAUUUGUACUUGGUCACAUGAAGAUAAAAUUGAUUGGUUGGAGUUGAACGAGACUACCAAACGUUUACUCUUUCGAGAUAAACAACUUCGACUUCAUUUACUCGACAUUCUUGCCCAAGAGUCGACCGUUUUGCUCAAUUUCUGUGGCUUUGUUCAAUGGGUUCCUGGAAGUGAUGUUGUUGUCGCUCAGGCAAGAGAUAAAGUAUAUGUUUGGUACGACUUCAGUCGUCCGGUUAUUCACGAUAUUCCUGGUGAUUCAAAAGCUGAAGUAAUGUCGAUUGAGAGAGAAGGUGGACUUUCAAGGGUGACCUUUACUGGCAACAUUCCUGACAUUAUAUUAGACGAUGUGCUGCUUGAAUUUGAUACAGCACUUGAAGAUGGUGAUUUACGGCGAGCAAUGUCUUUUCUUGAAACCUGUGAAUUAUCUCCUGAAUCUGAAGCAAUGUGGAAACAAUUAGCCAACGUUGCUCUUCAAUCUUCUGACAUUUCAGUCGCUGAACGAGCCUAUGCAGCAAUUGGUGAUGUCACUCGAGCCUCAUUUUUCCGUCAAUGUUUUGAUAAUCAAAGUAAACUCGCUUUACUUGAAGGUGACUGGAGUAACUUUGAAUCAAACAACUUUGAUGAUGUGAUUGAAACAUACGUAACUUUACACAAGUGGGAUAAAGCUAUUGAAUUGGCCGCCAGGAUGGGUCGAAUCGAUGUUAAAGACUCGUUAGAGACUCGUUACCUCGAUUAUCUCAGUGAAACUGAUCAACAAGCUGAAGCUGGUCGUUUAAUGGAAAAGAAAGGCCACUAUGAAGAGGCCAUUAAACUCUAUUUAAGAUCAGGCUGGCCUUUUCAAGCUGCUGCUUUGUUGUUUGAUAUGGCAGUCAAAAAACCAUUAAAUAUCAAGCGCAAUCUCCUCGAAGAACUGGUCGCUGAACUUAAGGAUGCUCAAUUUUAUGAAGAGGCUGGACGAUUGUGUGAAAUGGCACCACUUUCUGAUCCUAAUGCUGCAUAUGAACUUUAUCUUACUGGAAAUUGUUUUGGUCGAGCAAUCGACUUGGCUCGUCGUGAAUUUCCCGAAGAAGUUGUUAAUCUUGAAGCCAAAUAUGGAGAUUGGCUGAUGAAUUCAGCUCGAGACCCAGCUGGAGCUAUUAAUCACUACAUUGAAGCUGGACAGAAUGAUAAAGCGCUGAAAGCUGCUGUUGAAGCUGGUCAAUUUGAAAAGGCGGCCGAGAUUGUUCCCAGCUUAGAUGUGAUUCCAUCUGAGCUUGGUCGCUCUAUUGCUGAACAUUAUGCAUCUAGUGGGCAAAUUGACGCCGCUCAAGAAAUAUAUUUAACCUGUGGAUUGAUUGAAGAGGCCGUUUCAUUGCUUAAUAAAGCUGGACAAUUCAGCAGAGCGUACCGAUUAGCUAAAAAUUAUAUGUCAGGGGAAGCAGCUCGUGAAAUGUAUGAAAAUAUUGCUCGAUCAAUGGAAGGAGAAGGCAAAUACCGAGAAGCUGAACGAAUCUACAUUACAUGUGAUGAUGUCGACUCAGCCAUAUCCAUGUACAAAGCAGCGCGUCAAUAUGAUUCAAUGAUUAGAUUGGUUAAACAGUAUCAUCCAGAUCUUCUUAACGAUACUCAUCUGCAUUUAGCCAAAGAGCUGGAAAAUGAAGGGUUACAUGCUCAAGCUGAAGGGCAUUAUGUUGCUGCAGGUGAAUGGAAAAACGCUGUUAGAAUGUAUAAAAAUGCCAAUAAAUGGGAAGACGCUUACAGAGUGGCUCGAUCUUAUGGUGGAGCUGUUCCUGCCAAGCAAGUUGCCUUUUUAUGGGCUAAAAGCCUAUCAGAUUCCGAGUCUGCUGUUAAACUAUUGACAAGAUUUGGUUUACUCAACCAAGUCAUUGAUUAUGCUGUUGAAUGUAAUGCAUUUGAGUUUGCCAUUUCCUUGGUAACUAAUGCUGGUCCUGAAAUGAAACACAAAUUAACUGAUGUUCGCCUAAAGUACGCUUUAUGGUUGGAGGAUGAAGGUCGAUACGAUGAAGCUGAAGCUCUUUUCUUGGCUGCCAAUAAACCGAGAGAAGCCGUUUUAAUGUAUCUUCAUGCCAAAUCAUUUUCAGAUGCUUUAAGGGUUGCUGAGCAAUAUGUUAAAGAUGAAAACGUCGUUUCUGGUGUUCUUGUUGCUGAAUCUAAAAGCUUAUUGGAACGACCGGGAGGAACAUCAAUUGAAACAAUGAUGAAAGCCGAGUCAUUGUUGUUAAGAGCUGGUCGAAUUGAGUUGGCUGUCAAAAUGUACAAAGACAUGGAAAUGUGGGACGAAGCUUUGCGAGUUUGUGAACAAUAUUCACCAGUUUUAAUCGAUUCAGUUAAGCGUGACAUGAUUUUAUCUGGUAAUCGUUCAUCAGCAUCUAUGGCCGACUUUCGCUCGGUUGAAUCGGGUUCAACAAAUGGUUCAAGACUUCGUGGUUCAGUUGCAUCCAGAGGUUCUCCAGCAACUUCCCGAUCAGGCAGCAUAUCUGUACCAAUAACACCUUCUGAGUCUUACAAGCGAGAUUUAAAAUCUGAUUUGGAAGCGGCUGAAGCUGCUAACGAUAAGGAAAAUAUUGUCCGAUAUUGUUUACUUUUAGUUUCCCAGUUGGUUGGUAAAAAGUCAUUUGAUGAGGCAGUUAGGUUAAUCAAUAAGUAUCCCGUUGUAUUGGCAACACCCGAAAGCAGAACUCUUUUAAUCCGAAUAGCCAAUGAUUUGAUGGCCUUUGAAUUGCCCGAUGAACCAGACAGUUCAACCUGGAAAAAUCUUCGCAAUGCGUUGUCAAGUCAUCUUUCAACAUCCAAUGGAACAGCUGAUGAUGCCUCUAUUGAUAAAUAUCUAUUGAUUACACAUUAUUUGGUUUUACGUCGAGCGCUGACAAAUUUGGCCGAUUUUAAUGGAGUCUCUGAUUUACUCUGUAAAUUGACUGUUUCACUUGUCCGUUAUACUGAUGUCCUUCGGGUUGAUAAAUUUUUUUACGAAGCUGGAUUGGCUGCUAAGGAGAAUGGACGUCUAGAUAUGGCUUUCAUUUUUUGGAACCAUUUUCUUGAUUUGAUUGAUGCCAUUGAAGAGGGUGAUGUUAAUGUUGAUCAUUCUGAUUUUGAAGCGACUGACAUUCCAUCAGAGGUUCCUUUACCAUCAACACCAUACUCUAUUGAGGGUCAGCCUAAUCUAAUAGAAGACGUUAAAAGCUGGAUUCUUCAAGUUUCAAUGGAUUCCAAGAUUUCUCAUAAUCUUCCAGUUGAUCCAUAUUGGGGUAAUGUUUAUGAAGCUUCAUUGGUCAAUACAGAUGGAACUAGAUGUUUACCUUGUCUAGUUACUGGAUAUCCAGUUCAUAAGCACAAGAUUCUUGAAUUGAAACCCAACAAAUAUGCAGCCAAUAAAGAUGAUUGGAACAAGUUACUAAUGAUUACCAAGGUUUCAGGGAGUGAUGAGUUGAAAGAGAUACUUCUUUUCAUUGGAAAGCUCUGUGGAAAUGCAACUGUUGCUCGAUUCACGUUUCAGUAAAAAGUUGUCAGUUAUUAUCAGCUGUUGUAAACAUUGUAUAUUGUAUUGUUCCUUGGUAAUAUAAUCAAUUUAGAGAAUAAUCAAUUUCUUAAUUGAUUCAAAAUGAAAGUCUUUAACUGUGCCCCGAUUUUUCAUUAACUUGCAAUCAUUUGGUUUCAACUAACCUUCAAAAUUUUAUUCAAAUAAACUUUGAAAGGUUUAUAAUGGAUCGAAAGCUUUUCUGAUCAUAUAAAUUGGCUCCUCGUCAAAUGAACAGUACAGCUAGGAUGAACCAAAGAGUAAUACAACUAGUAUUACUCUUUGGGAUGAACAAUGAUCAAAAAACAAGUAAAUUAGAAAGAUUUUUUAGCAAGUCCAAAUAAAGCAACCAUAAGUUAGAACUUUGAAAUCUGCAACAAAAAUCCCGAAAUGAAAGAUUAUAAGAAGAUCAUCGAUUGAAUAAAAGAUCAUGACAUGGCGAUUUCAGCCGGUACUUGUAUGUUCUCGAUCCUCAUGUUGAAAGCAAUUGAACCAAAAGGACGAAAGUCUCAAAAAGAUCUUAAUGUAUUGUAACCAACUAAACUCAGAGGUUGAAUGAUUCUCUCGAGUUAUUGUAUUUGUUUUGUAAAUUGACGUUCUUCAUCCUUUACGUGUAACCAUAAAAUGUUCAGUGAGCUUUGUCUCCUCUCAAUCACUGUCUAAUACUCCAAUUGAUGACUCCAAAUAAACCAAAAAUACAUAUCUAAA